CCAUUGCGCCGCCAAAACAACGGAGGAUCAUCGCAGGCAGAUGAGCAGAGAGCGGUUGAUUGAUCAAUUGCUUUAAGUAAAAUGAUAAUCCGAUUGCUGAGGAGGGAGAAGAGGACUUUCCAAGCUGUGUUCGCCGGAAUCAGAAGGAAGCACACGGUGGUGAUGAGCUUUGGGGAUGGAAUCCAAGGAGCACUGGGAUUGCGGAUCUCAGUUGCCGGUAUCGGCGGCGACGCCUACGAGCCCACUCCCGUCCCGGGCCUACCUCCCGACGUCACCGCCAUCAGCUGCGGCCACUACCACUCCCUCGCCCUCACUUCUCAGGGCGAGCUCUGGUCUUGGGGCCGCAAUCGCGAAGCUCAGCUCGGCCGCGCCCUCCUCUCUCCUAGAGAACAAUGGAAUGAACCCAAGAGAGUAGAUGGAUUGGAUCAAGUUAGAGUCCAAGCUGCAUUUGCAUCUGGUGUCAUUACUACAGCCAUUGGAGAUGAUGGCUCGUUGUGGGUGUGGGGGAAGUCCAAGCGUGGACAGCUUGGUCUUGGAAAGGGAAUCACUGAGGCUGUUUCGCCUUCCAGAGUUGAAGCACUUGCAGGGAGAAGAGAUUGUUAAGGUGGUUCUCAAAUCACGCUUAAGGUUUCACUUGGUUGGGGGCAUGCUCUGGCACAAACUAAAGACGGAAAAUUAUUUGGAUGGGGUUAUUCAGCAGAUGGUAGAUUAGGACAGACGGGAAAACCGUUGGAGUCAAAUAGUGAUAUGUCAAAAGCAACAGAAUUCUCUAGUUCAACUCUAGAAGCUGCUGAAAAGUUGGUUUUGGAAGCAAUUGAGAGGGAGAAAGACAUGCCUAUCAUCUGGGAGCCCUCUUUAAUUGAAGAACUGUGUGAGACUGAAGUUGUAGAUGUGGCCUGUGGAUUUGACCAUUCACUAGUUCUUUGUUGUGAUGGCACCCUCUUGAGCUGUGGGAGCAAUGUAUAUGGCCAGUUGGGAAGAGCGAGUCAAGGUUUAGGAAUGCUACCGGUUGACAUAAGCACCCGCCCUGUUUCUAUUGCAUCAGGACUUGGUCAUUCUCUGGCCAUAUGCCAGAUUGCAAGCCCAGAGGGCACAGGAGAUACCACCACAGGCAUUGUUUCAUGGGGCUGGAACCAGAGCUCUCAGCUGGGGAGGGAAGGCCCGGAGAACCUUCCCUUGUUGGUCGAGGACUUGACCGGGGAAACCCCCAUUUCUGUAUCAGGAGGCCGCGUACACUCCAUCGCGUUGACAGCGAGAGGAGAAGCAUGGGCUUGGGGCAGUGGUAAAAAUGGGAGGCUUGGUUUAGGUAGUUCCAUUGAUGAAGCUGAACCAAAGUUGGUUGAAUAUUUGGAAGGUUAUGAGGUUUUACAAGUUGCAUCAGGUUUUGAUCACAAUCUUGUCCUGGUUGCUGGAUGAUACAGUUAUGAGUCUGCUUGACAAUCACACCGUAUAUUUCGCUGGCUAUUCUAUGGUGGAUUUUACAAGUUGUCAGCACUGUCAUAUCCAAUUGUGUUUCUCUCAUCUUCUAGGUCAUGGUAGAAUUUGCAGUGAUGGAGUAGUAGGUAGCCAGCCUGGUAUAAUCCUAACCCAUCUUCAAGUAUUGUACUGGAUGUUGUUCUGGAUAGCCCCUAUCCUAUCAACUUAAUAGAUGUGAUAUGACACUCCCAGAAUUUAGAUUGGAGUUUUUCUAUGAUUAAUCCAAGAAUUCUAAUGGUAGUUACAUUCAGAUAUGAGCCUCAUUAUUAUGG